GUUAUGUGUAACUUGAAAGUGCGUCCCCGAGAAUUGCCCAAAUACUGUGCGAGAGCGCGAAGUACGCAGUUAUAGAUACUGCAGGUUUUACAAAUACGAUGCAAUAGAAAAUAUCUGAAGAAACAACUCUUGGUCGUAAAGUAAAAAGCGGUACACUUCGACAGCAAAGCCACCAUGGCCAAACCCAAACAGGUACACCAUGUCUUCGACGGUCGCUACUACGAUGGAAUAAAGCUACAAAGAAUCCUUGAGAAACUCUUUCCAUAUCAAAAGGGCGAGUUUGGACUGCGUAUGAGUAACGAGCAGUGGGUUUUCAAAGCCCCGAGACAAGUCACCCAGAAUGAACUCGAGCGUGCCGAGAUUCCUCAAUCCCAAUGAUGCUGACAGGGAAUGCCUGGGGGGUAUGCUGACUGCAUCGUGGCGUGUACGGCUGGCCUAAUGAGCAAGAUCAGGCUGUGAGGCAGACUGACCAGAGAGUCUGAUGAUUGGGAUAAUGGAAAGCCCAGUUUAAGAUGAGAGAAAUAUAACGUGCAAGAACUUUAACUCCCCUUAGUUCCAGCUUUCUGCUAUUUGUCUUUCG